UCGCGGACACAACGUUGCACAGACUCAGCCUCCCAAGAUGUCUUCCCGGAGCUGCUCCUUUGUUGAAAGAUUUGGGAUGCUUUGGAUAUGGCUCGCAUCCUUUACAUUCGCUCAUCUGGUAACGGCACAGAAGAACGAAACUGUGUUUAACGAUUAUUGCAAGAAAUCGUCGACAUGUGAAGCACUGAAAUACAACACAUGCCUCGGUUCGCCGUUACCGUACACUCACACGUCCCUGAUUCUGACGGACGAUUCGAGUACGCAAGAAGAAGCUUUUGAGAAGUUAGCCAUGUGGUCCGGUCUGCGGAACGCCCCGGGGUGCUGGGCGGUGAUCCAGCCCUUGCUGUGUGCCGUGUACAUGCCGAAAUGUGACGGCGGGAGAGUGGAGCUCCCCAGCCAGAGCCUCUGCCAGGCCACGCGGAAGCCCUGCGCCAUCGUGGAGCGGGAGCGGGGCUGGCCCGCCUUCCUCCAGUGCACUCCGGACCGGUUCCCCGUGGGCUGCCAGAACGAGGUGCAGAAGAUCAAGUUUAACACGUCGGGGCACUGCGAGGCGCCCCUGGUGAAGACGGACAACGAGAACAGCUGGUACGAGGACGUGGAGGGCUGCGGCAUCCAGUGCAACAACCCCCUCUUCACCGAGGAGGAGCACUCCGACAUGCACACCUACAUCGCCCUGUUCGGCUCCAUCACCCUCUUCUGCACCUUCUUCACCCUGGCCACGUUCCUGGCCGACUGGAAGAACUCCAACCGCUACCCGGCCGUCAUCCUGUUCUACGUCAACGCCUGCUUCUUCAUCGGGAGCAUCGGUUGGCUGGCCCAGUUCAUGGACGGGGCCCGCACCGAGAUCGUCUGCAAGAGCGACAACACCAUGAGGCUGGGGGAGCCCACCUCCACGGAGACGCUGUCCUGCGUGAUCAUCUUCAUCAUCGUGUACUACUCCCUGAUGUCGGGGGUCAUCUGGUUCGUGAUGCUCACCUACGCCUGGCACACCUCCUUCAAGGCCCUGGGCACCACCCACCAGCCCCUGUCUGGGAAGACCUCCUACUUCCACCUGGUCACCUGGUCCAUCCCGUUCGUGCUGACCGUGGCCAUCCUGGCCAUAGCGCAGGUGGACGGAGACUCGGUCAGUGGAAUCUGCUUCGUGGGCUAUAAGAACUACCACUACCGCGCCGGCUUUGUGCUGGCGCCCAUUGGCCUUGUGCUCAUCAUCGGAGGCUACUUCCUCAUUCAGGGCGUCAUGACGUUGUUUUCAAUCAAAAGCAACCACCCAGGGCUUCUGAGCGAGAAAGCGGCGAGCAAAAUCAACGAGACCAUGCUCAGGCUCGGAAUAUUUGGCUUCCUGGCUUUUGGCUUCGUCUUCAUCACUUUCGGCUGCCACUUCUACGACUUCUUCAACCAGGCCGAGUGGGAGAGGAGCUUCAGGGAGUUCGUGUUCUGCGAGGCCAACGUGACGAUCGCCCAUCAGACCAAUAAGCCGAUCCCAGAGUGCACCAUCAAGAACAGGCCCAGCCUGCUGGUGGAGAAGAUCAACCUGUUCGCCAUGUUCGGCACGGGCAUCGCCAUGAGCACCUGGGUGUGGACCAAGGCCACGCUGCUCAUCUGGAAGCGCACCUGGUUCAGGAUUCUGGGCCGCAGCGAUGACGAGCCCAAGAGGAUAAAGAAGAGUAAGAUGAUCGCCAAGGCCUUCUCCAAGCGCAAGGAGCUGCAGCAGGACCCCGAGAAGGAGCUGUCCUUCAGCAUGCACACCGUGUCCCACGACGGCCCCGUCGCCGGCAUUAACUUUGACCUGAACGAGCCGUCCAACGACAUGUCCUCCGCCUGGGCUCAGCACGUCACCAAAAUGGUGGCCAGACGAGGAGCCAUCCUGCCCCAGGACAUCUCCGUCACGCCCACGGGAACGCCAGUCCCCCCUGAGGACAGGAAAGCUCGUCUCUGGAUGGUCGAGGCGGAGAUCUCCCCGGAGAUGCUGAAGAAGAAGAGGAAGAAGAGGAGGCGGAAGAAGGAGGUGCGUCCGCUCGGACCUGAGGAGGAGGAGGAGCCCGACCGUCGCCGCGGAGACCGGGCCGACCGCCCCCCUCCGAGCUCCGUGCCCCGCCUCCCCAAACUGCCCUUCCACCGGAGCCUGGUGACCGCAGGAAGUGGGCGGCCGCAGGAGGAGGAAGUGCUCCCGGGGUCGCUCCCGGAGUUCCGGCCCUCGCACCCUCUCCCGUACCAGGAGCGCUACGGAGGCCUGGGCUUCCCGUCCGCUUCCGACCAGCACCGCCGGCAUCCCGGACUCCGUCUGGACAACAGGGCUGACGACCCGCCGUCUCUUAGCAACAGCCGGCCGGGGGGGCGGAGCCUGGGCUUGGCGGGGGGCGGUGGCUACCCCUACGCCCCGCCCUGGCAGCGGUACGACGGCGGAAUGUUCCGGAGCACUGCGCAGGAGGAGAUCCCCGCCGCGGGGGGUUCUGGGAGGGGGAGGACUCAGGGCAGGAGGGCGGGACUCGCACCCAUCCACUCCCGGACCAAUCUGAUGGACGCUGAGCUGGUGGACGCAGACUCUGACUUCUGA